CGAUAGCUCAUAAUCAAACGUCAAAAAUAAUGAUGAGUGAAAAAUCGGCGGUAUUACGUAUUUUAAUCCAAAAAACACCACCACCAUAUGGGAUUUUUCUUGUUGUAUUAUGGAUUAACAAGGAAUCUGAAUCAAUUCAUGUAGAUUAUGUUAAUAAUGGGAAUAUUAACGAGGAUAAUAAGGAUGAAGAGAUAUCUUUUGAAAAGUAUCCAGGUGGAAGUGUUUUAUACGGUGAAAUUCCUAUUUUAAAGGAGCUUUUGAGGGAUCUUAAGGAGCCUUUAAAGGACAAAGAAACGGUUAUUAAAUGGGCAGAAUAUACAGUAGAAAAGAUCAAUACAGUCUCGGUUAAUGAGUUAGAAUCAGUUUUUUUAUAUUUGGAAGAGUUUUUGUUGGAAAAAAAAGGGUUGACAGGUGAUUGUAUUACGCAGGCAGAUUGGAUAGUAUGGGGAGCAUUGAGAGGAAAUGUAUAUGCUCAAGGGAUUAUUAAGAAAAAUGUGUAUACAAGUGUUAAUAGAUGGUAUCGAAUUGUUGAAUCGGAUGGAUUUGUUUCUCAAGGGGUUCAAUUGUUGAUGAAAGAAAUAACUAGUAGAAAAGCACGUUCAAAAGGAAAAAAUCCUACAGCGAAUUAUGAUAUUGGACUUCAAAAUGCAAUUGAAGGAAAGGUAGUUACACGAUUUCCUCCAGAACCGAGUGGAUAUAUGCAUAUUGGACAUGCAAAAGCAGCGAUUCUUAAUGAAUAUUUUGCUAGAAAAUAUAAAGGAAAACUGAUUGUACGUUUUGAUGAUACAAAUCCUAGUAAAGAAAAGGAGGAAUUUCAAGAAGCAAUAUUGAAAGAUCUUGAUUCACUAGGAAUCAAAGCAGAUCAAAUAUCGUUUUCAUCUGAUUAUUUUGAUAAAACAUAUGAUUUUUGUAUACAAAUGAUUAAAGAUGGGAAUGCAUAUGCAGAUGAUACAGAUAAAGAAACAAUGCGUGCAGAGAGAAUGCAAGGUAUAGAAAGUAAAAGACGACAAAGAAGUAUAGAAGAAAAUCUAGAAAUAUUUUCUCAAAUGACAAAAGCUACCGAAAUAGGAUUAUUAAAUUGUAUUCGUGCAAAAAUAUCAGUGAAUAGUCCAAAUAAAGCUUUAAGAGAUCCAGUUAUUUAUAGAUGUAAUACAACUCCUCAUCACAAGACUGGAACUAUUUGGAAAGUCUAUCCAACAUAUGACUUUUGUUGUCCUAUAGUUGAUAGUAUCGAAGGUGUAACUCAUGCUUUAAGGACGAAUGAAUAUAAAGAUAGAAAUGCUCAAUAUCAAUGGAUGAUUAAAGCUCUUAAUCUUCGAAAGGUAUAUAUAUGGGAGUUUAGUAGAGUUAAUUUUGUCCGUACAUUGCUUAGUAAAAGGAAGUUACAGCAAUUUGUGGAUGAUAAAAGAGUUUCAGGAUGGGAUGAUCCAAGAAUGCCAACAAUUCUUGGAAUUAGACGUAGAGGAAUGACAAUUGAUGCUUUAAAACAAUUUAUAAUCUCUCAAGGACCAUCAAAAAAUGUUCUUAAUUUAGAUUGGUCAAGUAUUUGGGCUAUUAAUAAAAAAAUAAUUGAUCCUACUGCGCCUCGUUAUACAGCUAUAAAUUCAGAUAAUUUGGUAAAAGUUUCUAUAACUAAUGGACCAAGCACUAUGUAUAUAGAAGAAAGACCUAAACACAAAAAGAAUCCUCAAGUUGGUAUGAAAAAAGUAGCAUUCUAUAAAAAUAUCAUACUUGAUCAAGAGGAUGCAUUGACAUUUAAAGAUAAUGAAGAGAUCACACUCAUGGAUUGGGGAAAUGCUGUUAUAAAAAAAAUAAUAAAAAACAAUUCUGGUAUUAUUGAUUCAAUAGAGAUGGAACUUCAUUUAGAAGGGGAUUUUAAGGCAACAGAAAAAAAAAUUACAUGGCUAGCUGAUCUUCCUAAUCUUAUCGAUGUUGAAUCGGUUGAUUUUGAUUAUUUAAUUUUGAAAGAUAAAUUAGAAGAAGGAGAUCGUCUUGAAGAUUUUUUAACUCCUUGUACUGAGUUUCAUUCAAAAAUAAAAGUUGAUGAAAAUUUUUUAAAUCUUUCUAAAUCAGAUAUUAUUCAAUUGGAAAGAAAAGGUUAUUUUAUAUGUGAUCAGCCUUGUGAUAGUGAGGGAAAGGGUCUUGUUCUAUUUAAGAUUCCUGAUGGAAAAGUUGUUAAUAAAUAUGGAGUCAAAAAAAUAGAAAAUUAAGGUUUCAUCAUCGAUCUAAAUUUUUUAAAAAUAGUUUUUCAUAAGAAUGACUUAUAUUUAUAAAGACAUUCUUAGAUUGAAAACUUCAAAGAAAAAUAUGAGAGAGUUUUUUUUUUUAUUUUCAAAGUUUUAUAGUUCUAUUACAAAAAAAG